AUCCAGUUGUAAACAUAACCUAUACAAUAAGUGUUGUUUUUUGAUUGAAUUUAUUGAAGAUCUUCAAUAUUUUCUUAUGAAAGGUCCAUCCUUUUCAUAUUCAUAGUGUGAAUAUCUCUAACAACGAUUAUGGCAGAAGAUACAGAAGAAUACACAACUUCCUCCGAAGAAGGUUCAGAACUCGACGUAAUAGAUCAAUCGUUCCCCGAAAGGAAAAGACAGAUAAGAGAACUUUAUAAUCUUAUAGGCGAGCCCGAGGAACGAUCUGGAUCAUCAAUUUUCAUCCACGGCGGUCCCAGUACCGGAAAGUCCUCGAUAACAAAGACCAUGCUGCGAAAACUGAAUAUCAAGCACGCAUACGUGAACCUGACCGAAUGCUACACUUCGAAAAUCCUAUUCGAAUUCAUCUUGAACAAGUUGGCGGAUCACAAGAUCGAUCCAUCCGUCGGACAGCCUUACGCCAAGUGCGACAACAUGAUGGAUUUCCUGCUCCACCUCCAGCAUAUUCACGAGGAGCUCGACUUGGCCGGGACUUUCAUAGUUUUAGAUAACGCCGAGAAGUUCAGAACGAUGGAAUUCAACUUGCUGCCCGUAUUCCUCAGGUUCAGAGAAGUAUCCGAGCUGUCGAUUUCGGUGAUUUUCAUCACGGAAUUGCCGUUCGAGAAGUUCCACGGCAGGCAAGGCUUGGCGGAACCUUUGCGGAUAUACUUUCCGCAGUAUAACAAAGACGAACUGUUGAAUAUAUUAACCGGAGAUUUCCACCACGCCAAGCAGAUGGUCUUAAACAAUUACGACGAGCUGCUGGAUUUCGACGAGGAGUUUUAUCGAAACUACGUGAACGUUUUUCUCUCCGUUUUUUAUAGGGUCUGCAGGGAUCUUUCGGAAUUGCGAUACAUGGCCCGAAUCAACUUUCUGAAGUAUUGCGAGCCGAUAAUGAACAAAGAAACUUCUAUAAACGAUUCGAUGGUGUUGUUUCGGAAGGUUGCUCCAACCUUGAAAAGUUCGUUGGAAGUUUUAUACCUCCGUAUUGCGGACGACAAAACUCCCACGGAAGCGGGGAAACAAUCUGUAGGUUUGGUUUUGUCGAAAGAAAAUGUAGCGAAAACUUUGGAACUGCCGUUUUAUGCCAAGUAUCUGCUGAUAGCUGCUUUCCUGGCUAGUUAUAACCCUAGUAAGGACGAUAAGAGGUUCUUCGUUAAGCUUCAUGGUAAAAAGGUGAAGACUAAAAAGGAUAUCAACGCGAAGAAUAAAGUAUCCGAGCAGCUAAAUACUCAGCUAGGACCGAAGCCGUUUUCUCUAGAUAGACUGUUAGCUAUUUUCUACGCGAUACUGGAUGAGAAUAUUGGUUUCAAUAAUAACUUAUUGGUGCAGUUGUCGAGUUUAGUGGAACUACAAUUACUAACUUCCCUUUCCGAUAGUUAUGUCUUGGAUGGACAUAAAUACAAGUGUAAUGUGAAUUUUGACUUUAUACAAACCAUUUCGAAGAUGGUUGGUUUCAGUAUAAGGAAGUAUCUUUCGGACUUCAGCCACAUGUGAACAUAAAAUUUUGUGGUUUUUUUUCUGUCAUUGAAUCUUAUCUGAAAUUAUAUUUAAUAGAAUUUAUAA